AUGAUAAGGAGUCCCCACACCCGAUUACAUAUCAGGCACGGCUUGAACGCCGCGGACGUUGAACCAGACUCGGUCUUGUGGAUAUUGCAAGUGAACAUCCAGCAUCGUGGUCGAGAGCGCCUGAUCUCUGAUCUACUAGCCGAAGGUUUGCUGCUGCAAGUCGAGGACGGAUGGCCUGAAGUUUUGAAUAAUUUUGAGCUGGUGAGGCAGGGCUCUGUAUAUGGGAAGAACCUUGUCUAUCACUUAUUGUUCAAUUUCAGAGUUAGCUUGAAUGGCAGUGUGCAAGCAAGGAGGCAGGAGAAUUUCCAACCUACUAGGGAGAGUACUAUUCACCUCAGACCUCCUAGGAGGUCAAUGCGAGGUUGGAUAGGUUGGAUAUGGGCUUAG